GCCGGGCAGCGCCGCGCACCCUCCGCACCUCCCGCAGCCGCCGCCGCUCGCAGCCGGCAUGGGCCCCCGCGGAGCGCGGUGCGGAGCGCGGUGCGGAGCCCGGCGCGCCGCCGGCUGCCUGCUGCUCUGCUGGGCUCUGGCCGCCGCCCGCGCCGCCCCGCGCAGGACACCCUCGUUCGACGGCCACGUCGCGGAGAACCGGCCGGCGGGCACGCGGGUGCGCGGGCUCAGCAUCCCCCUGACGCGGCUGGGGCCCGAGCCCUGGUGCGCCAAGGUGCAGGGGCGCCGCUGGCACCUGCAGCUGCUGGGCGAGGGACACUCGCACUUCCAGGUGUCGCUGGACGCGCGCACGGCCCGCGUGUGGCUGCGCACCCGCCGCCCGCUGGACCGCGAGGCGCGGGCGCUGUACUCGCUCCGCCUGGGGCUGUGCUGCAAGCGCUGCGCGCCCCAGGGCGCCGCGCCCGCGGAGCUGGCCGCGCUCACCGUGCGCGUCCUGGACGACAACGACAACGCGCCGCGCUUCGUGGGGCCCGGCUCCGCGCAGCUCCGCGUGGAGGAGACGCUGGCGCUCAAGUCCCAGGUGUGGCAGGCGCGGGCCGAGGACGCGGACGCGGGCGCCAACGCGGAGCUGCGCUACUUCGCCCUCCCGCGCAGCGCGCACUUCUUCGUGGUGCCGCGCAGCGGCCGCGUGGUGCUGGUGAGCUCCUUGCUCCACCUGCGCGCUCCCAUCCCGCUGCGCCUCUACGCGCGGGACCGCGGCCGGCCCGCGCUGCUCAGCGAGCCCCUGGAGCUGGAGGUGCUGCCGCAGCCCAAGCGCUUCCCGCCGCCGCCGCCCCGCCGCCGCCGGGCCGCGCUGCCGCCCGCCGCGCCCCUGGCGCUGGCCCUGCCCGAGGACACCCGCCCGGGCACCCGCCUGGCCAGCCUGGCCCCUGCGCGCUUCCCCUCCGCCUGGUUCGAGCUGCUGUCGCCGCCCGUCGAGGAGUCGCCGGUGAGCGUGGAGCGAGAGAGCGGCGAGGUGACGCUGCGGGCGGCCCUGGACAGGGAGGCGGUGGCCGCCUGGGAGCUCGUCGUCCGCGUCCAGGAGCGCCGAGGGAAGGAUUGGUACCUGGUGCACGUGUCACUUACUGUGACAGAUGUGAAUGACAACGUUCCUGAGUGGGCCAUGGAGCCCUUCCCCUUCCUGGCUGUGGUUUCUCCUGAGGCUGCAGGAGGGACUGAAGUGUACAAGCUGCUUGCUGUGGAUGCAGAUGAAGGGAUCCAUGGAACUGUAGAAUAUUUUCUCUUGGAAGGUGGCCAAGACAGAUUUGAAGUGGAGAAGGACACUGGCUGGAUUAAAACAACAGGUUUGCCAUUGGUGAGGGACAAGGAGUAUUUGCUGACUGUACUAGCAGCAGAUAAACUUGGAAGCAGAGGGCCCCCAGCCUCUGUUUCUGUAAUUGCUGGAUUUCGACCACCACAGUUCACCAACAUCUCAUACUUUGUGUAUGUUCCUGAGAGCACCCCGCAAGGAGAGCCCUUUCUUACAGUCACUGCUGUGUCAUAUCAGAAGAAAUCCCUGAGCUACAGUCUGCUCACUAAUCCUGGGGGUCUGUUCAGCAUUGAUCAGGCAACAGGAGAGCUCAGUCUAACUCGAAGUGUGGAUUAUGAAGGUGACUCCCACCAGUACCUCCUUUUGGUCAGGGCUGAGGAGAAUGAGGGGCAGUUCAGCACUGCUGCUGAGGUUUUGGUUGUAAUCACAGAUGUGAAUGAUUGUGCCCCCGCAUUUCAUCAGUCGAUUUACAGCAAAGUUGGUGUUCCUGAAACAGUUCCUAUGACAACUGCACUUCUCCAAGUGACAGCCACUGACUGUGACUCAAAGGAGAAUGCCCAGUUGCUGUAUUACACUCUGAGCCAAGACUUCAGCAUUACUUCUCAUGGCACUAUUUUUCCAGCCACACGGUUGGACUACGAGCGCCCUGAGCACCUCUAUGAGUUCAUCAUUAUGGCUGUAGAUCAAGGGGAAGAGCCCAGGACUGGCACAGCAACUGUUAGGAUCCAUGUCUCCAAUGUGAAUGAUGAAGCACCUGAGUUUUCUCAGACAGUCUACAGGAGCUUUGUUUCUGAAGAUGCAGGCCCAAACACGCUGAUUGCCACAGUUAAUGCUGUUGAUCCUGAUGGAGAUGGUGUGACCUAUGAUAUUCUGUCUGGAAAUCAGAAAGGGAACUUUGUUAUCGACCCUAAGAAAGGGCUAGUUAGACUUCGUGCAAGCCCAUUUCCUGAGCUUCAGGGGACAGAAUAUGUUCUGAAUGUCACAGCUACUGAUGAUAAUGCCUCUGGAGGGCCCCAUCCUCUCACAAGUACUGCCCAGGUUGUAGUGAAAAUCGAUGAUGUCAACAAUAACAAACCUGUCUUUCAGAAGUGCCAGUAUUAUCGGGAACAUGCUUCUGUCCUGGAAAACCAGCCUUCAGGGACUGUUGUUCUGCAGGUUGAAGCCACUGAUGCUGAUGAAGGGACCAAUGGGAUAGUGAAAUAUGGCUUGAUGCACAGAGAUGGUGUCCUGCCAGCAUUUAGCAUUCAUCCUGACACAGGCAUUCUGACAACUCUUCAGGUAUUUGACCGAGAAAAACAGAGGGAAUAUCCCAUCACUGUGACAGCAACAGAUCAGGCAGCGGAGCCGCUCAUUGGAAUAUGUCAGAUCAAUAUUGUCAUCCUGGACCAAAAUGACAAUGACCCCAGAUUUGAAAACACCCACUAUGAAUAUUUCCUCCGAGAGGACGCAAGAGUUGGGACCAGCUUCCUGCGUGUUGCAGCCCGGGAUGAUGACUACAGCUCAAAUGCUGCCAUUACAUACUCCAUAGCAAGUGAUGAACCAAAUUAUUUACAGAUCCAUCCUACCACAGGCUGGGUGUUUGUAAACCAGCCCAUAUCUCAGAAGACAUCUAUAAUUCGAGAGAUUACUGCUACAGAUGGAGGUAACAGGAGCAGUAAAGUUGAACUUGCUGUAACUGUAACCAGUGCAGAAAACCAGCCUCCACAGUGGGAAAGAGACAGCUAUGAAGUUGUUAUUCCAGAGAAUACAACAAGGGAUGCCUCAAUUUUGACAAUCAAAGCAACUUCUCCCCUUGGAGAUCCUCGUGUCACUUACAACCUGGAAGAGGGGCUUGUCCCAGAGGCCAACAUGCCAGUGCGCUUCUACCUGACUCCAAACAGACACGAUGGUUCUGCUUCAAUCCUGGUAGCUGAGUCCCUGGAUUAUGAAACAACAAAGAGCUUUCAGCUGCGAGUGCGAGCACAGAACGUGGCUGCAGUUCCUCUGGCAGCAUUCACCACAGUCCAUGUUAAUGUCACAGAUGUCAAUGACAAUGUCCCAUUCUUCACUUCAUCCAUUUAUGAAGCCUCAGUAACAGAGGGAGCUGAUGUGGGGACAUUUGUCACUCAGGUGUCUGCCACUGACCUUGACGUUGGUCAGCAUGGUGAGAUAACUUACUCCCUGUUACAUGACAGUGGCAGAGACUACACCUGUUUUCGCUUGGACCCCCAGACAGGCUCCAUUUACACCACCUCGGUGUUUGACAGAGAGGAGAAGGGCUCCUACCUUCUGGAAGUCAAGUCAAUGGAUGGCUCUGAAUCAGCUCGACCUGGAAAGCAUGGGAAGCCAAACUCUGACACGGCGUACGUGCGCGUGUCCGUCAGCGACGUGAACGACAACCAGCCCGUCUUCGCCCAGAGCGUCUACGAGGUGAGCGUGGAUGAGGACCAGGAUGUGGGCUCCACCAUCCUUACAGUCAGUGCUAACGAUGAGGAUGAAGGAACAAAUGCUAAACUACGGUAUCAGAUCACAGCUGGAAACACAGGAGGAGUGCUGGAUGUAGAUCCAGAAACAGGAGCCAUUGUCAUUGCCCAACCACUGGACUAUGAAGAAACAAAAAUGUAUGAGAUCCACUUGUUGGCCUCUGAUGGGAAAUGGGAGGAUUAUGCAGUUAUCAUCAUCAACAUCAUGAAUAAAAAUGACGAGGCUCCAGUUUUUUCUAUCAAUGAAUACUAUGGAAGUAUAAUUGAGGAACUGGAUUUGUUGCCAGUCUUUGUACUUCAGGUUAUGGCCAGUGAUCCUGACAGUGGUGUUGAUGGAGGAGAUUUGAGAUAUUCCUUGCAUGGGUAUGGUGCAGCUGACAUUUUCACAAUAGAUGAGAAAACAGGCAGCAUUUAUUCCCACAAGAGGCUGGACCGGGAAGAGAGAGCACUGUGGAGAUUCAUUGUGUUGGCUACUGAUGAAGGUGGAGGAGGACUUACAGGGUUUGCAGAUGUGAUCAUCAACGUGUGGGAUAUAAACGACAACGCACCCAUGUUCACAUGCAUGCCUGAUGACUGCAAUGGGAAUGUCUUUGAAAACUCUCCUGCAGACACCUUAGUCAUGGAAAUGGCUGCAGUCGAUCGUGAUGACCCAAACGUUGGUCUGAAUGCUGUCCUGACGUACAGGAUAACAGAGAAUGUGAAGAACGAGUUUGGUACUGACAUGUUUAAUAUCAACCCCAGUACCGGGACCAUCCACGUGGCAGGGGGACUGCUGGACCGGGAGAGGACUGAAAGUUAUUUUCUCACUGUUGAAGCAAGAGAUGGGGGAGGGCUAACGGGAACUGCCACUGCCACUGUCUGGGUUGCAGAUGUCAACGAUAACGUUCCCAAAUUCACAAAGAAGCUGUGGCAGGCAGCAGUUCCUGAGAACAGUGCCAUUGACUCAGCAGUCCUGCAGGUGUGUGCUACGGAUGCAGACAUUGGGGAAAACGCAGACUUAAUGUUCAGUAUCAUCGGGGGGGACCCAGAUGAGAAGUUUUAUAUUGAGAAUGACAAAGAAUGGCAAUGUGGCACAGUUCGACUGAAAAAAAAUUUGGAUUUUGAGAAUGCCCGUGAAAGGCAGUUUAAUCUUACUAUUACUGUGGAAGAUCUGGAUUUUUCUAGUGUUGCAGUGUGCCUGAUUGAAGUUGAAGACUCAAAUGACCACAGCCCAGCUUUCCUUUCUCAGUUUAUUCAAACAAACCCUGUAUUUGAAGAUGUGCCUGUAGGUACUACAGUAACCACAGUGAAGGCUACAGACAAGGACUCUGAUUUGAAUGCGAAGGUUAUCUAUUCAAUAAAGUCAGAUUCAGACCCUAUGAGACAGUUUGUGGUUGACCAGUUUGGUCACGUGGUUGUGGCAAGUGCACUUGAUCGUGAAGCCAUUGAGAAAUAUGCUUUAAUUGUACAAGCUGCAGAUCAGGGGACACCUGCCCGCACUGGAAGUGUUACAGUUUUAAUUAACUUGCUUGACAUUAAUGACAAUGGACCAAGGUUUGAAGCGCCAUACAUGCCUGUAGUUUGGGAGAAUACACUGAAGCCUGAAAUAGUGCAUAUGAACCAUACCUCAAAGCUGCUUCAUGCCUCUGAUCCAGAUGCUGAGGAAAACGGGCCACCCUUUACCUUUUCAUUGCCACCAGAAUAUCAGAAUUCCUUGGACUUUUCUCUUACUGACAACAGAAAUAACACAGCAACUAUAACAGCUUUGAGGUCCUUUGACAGAGAAAAGCAGAAGGUGUUUCACCUGCCAAUAGUUAUAACAGAUAGUGGGAUUCCAGCUAUGAGCUCCACAACCACUCUGACUAUAACAGUUGGUGAUGAGAACGACAACUGCCAUGAGUCUGGCCACAAGGAGGUCUAUGUGUACAGCUACAAAGGAAAAUGGUCAACAACAGUGCUUGGGGAAGUGUUUGCACCAGAUCAGGAUGACUGGGACAAUAAAACAUUUCUCUCUGAAGGAAAACUGCUCAAAUCUUUCAGAUUAAAUCAGAGGACUGGGUCUUUGCUGAUGGUGGAUUACACUCCUCAGGGAAUAUACAACUUAAGAGUCAGAGUUUCUGAUGGAGUUUGUCCUGAUGUUAUAUCUACAGUACAAGUCCAUGUCAGAGACCUGGAAAAUGAAGCCGUACAAAACUCAGCCACUGUGCGUUUCUCAGGUGUCACAGCAGAGGAGUUCAUAAGGAGAGAUGAACACGGCAAAACGAGGCACGGCGAGCUCAAGGAGUUCCUUGCAAAACUGUUACCUGCAAAGCUGAGUGAUGUGAUUGUCUUCAGUGUGAUGGGCAGGGAUGGCAGACAGACAGAUGUGAGAUUUGCAGUCCGUGCUGGCCCGGCCUAUUACAGACCUGAGAAACUGCAUGCGGAGAUGGCAGCGUUCAAAACUGAGUGCCAUAUAUGCUGGUAUGGUGUGGUUGUACUAACUUCUGGUUCAGUGGAUAGUCACUAG